AUGUCUUUUAAUGUACAGGAGUUUUGCGUAUUUACACGUAAAACUAUAUCACGAAUCGAAAAGAACCCUAACGUUUUUGGCGUGCUGUAUUUCCAUAACGAAUAUCCAGAACUAUGCACACUUCCCGAAAUUAUGGCUAAGACACUAAUUACGAAGUUGCCCGACUUUACUACAGCUAUUUGUCAUGCCGUAACGGAUAUUGAUGUAACCGACAAACCGAUCGCGUAUCGUAUAGAAACCAAACACAAUGAGAUUGCGGUGGUUAUGGACAACGAGUUCACCGCUUGCGUGGUGCACAAGUCAAUGUGUAAAAAUCAAUCUAACGAAACGAAUGAGGAA